UUAUCAGAUAUACAUCCAAUUUAGCACAAGGACUGGAUGUGUUUGUAGUGACAGUGUCUUAGGAUAUGUAAUUCUGGUUCUGUUUGAUUGUGUCAUCCCUUCAAAGAGUGUCAUCCGUUAUGAACGGCUUUGAAACCACUGAACACAACAACAACAACAAUAGCGGCCAAACACUUCUCGUCUCUUCCAAACGGCCCGAUAGUCUCAAUACGUUUGAAUCGACUGGAAGUCAGGCCUCAACUCACGUCACGUCUUCAUCUGGCGGUUCGUCUUCGGCUGAAAGGAUGAGAUCCGGUUCGGGAGAACUGCAACUUCACGGAGGCAUCAGUAGUACAACACCGCUGUGGAGCACAUCCGCCAACAGCUAUGACUUUGAUUCGUACGGCAAUCAACACAACGGAACGGCCGCCUCGUCCUCGUCGUCGUCCUGUUGUAUGAGUGGUGCAAACAAUAACAACAGUCACACUCAUCACCCGCCGCCUCCGCCCCCGCCCUCUGGCACAGCGUCUUAUUAUUACGGCAGCUCUACGCCCGACGCGGCCAGCAGUAGGCCGUGUAAGCCCGCGCCCACCAAAUUCUGGUCAAAUUCAUAUGACACAGCAGUGAACGGUCCGACCGCUCAAAUGCCCAGCGAUCCCAUAGUGGCGGCCGCCGUCUGUCACGGCAGUGCUUUCGCAGCCGCGGCCGCACAUCACGCGGCGGCCAAUCACGUGGCGGCGGCGGCGUCAGCAUGGUGCAAUUACUCGCCAUAUCAUCAAUCUCCCAGACCUGAUCCAUACCUGACCGGUGAAACCGAUCACAGGUCCGCUUUUGUCGACUCAUACCAUUCAGCCAUCAGAAACUUCCCAACCGUCGCCUCAGACCAGACAUGCAGUGGUUCGGCAGUCGGGGCGUGGAAUCAGACACCACCCGGUGUUCAGCCGCCGACUACACCCACCGGUGACGCGUUGGCGGCGGCGGUGCACCAUCACCAUCAUCAUCACCAUGCUCACGCUGCAGUGCUGCACCACCAUGCUGCCCUCUUGGCCACCAACGCCGCCGCUGCGGCACAACUCGAAUGGACGGGCGGUAACCCUAACAACAACUCUGGACAUCACGUGUCGGUGCGUAAGAAAAGGAAGCCGUACUCAAAGUUCCAGACACUGGAACUCGAGAAGGAGUUCCUCUUCAACGCGUAUGUGUCAAAGCAGAAGAGGUGGGAAUUGGCCCGUAAUCUCAAUCUUACUGAAAGACAGGUUAAGAUAUGGUUUCAAAACAGACGAAUGAAAAGCAAGAAAACUUCUCAACGAAAUUCCGAUCGAAACAAAUGAAUUAUAAAUUCAAUAACUUAUUCGCCUCUCUCUCUCUCUCUCUCUCUCUCUUUCUCUCUCUCUCCCUCCCUCCUCUCAGCCCUUUGAAGACUAACUUAUUAUUAUUUACUAUAUAUUGUAGUUUAGCUGUUGUCUGAAAAAGUGCAUAAAAAU